AUCUCAUAAAUUUUUACGAACAUGGCAGGCCACACAAGCAGGGAACUUCGAUUCAAGGUAAAUGGGUCGAAAUUCAUUAUUAUUUCCGUAUGGACUUAUGGGAAUGUAAUUUUUCCUGUUUGUGGUUCCUGGUUGUGUAAAUGCGAACUUUGUCGAUAAUGUGUCACAUGUAAUGUCAACAUGCAUAUUUAUUAAUUAUUAGCCGGAAAUCCAGCGUCAGAGUACGGUAUUCCCGACUGCAUGGAAAUGUGACUGAUCUUUGAACUGCUUAUGGCCCUUUCGUCUUCUAAAUAGUUGAUACAAAGUGUUUCUUUUUCUCCACACUAAGAAUUGAGGAAAGUGGCCGUUUUUUAGGAGCACGAUGCUUUUGAAAAGAGGAAUUAUAUGUAUGUUGCAGGACACGGGAAAAGGAAAGGAAGGGGAAGAUAUGAGCUUAUAAUUAUGUUACAGAUCAAAAUUAUGUUCAGGUUAAAAUUUUUUAACCUAGGUUGAUUCUCAGUUUUCUUUGUCUCUUAGCCCUAAUUCACGAAUAUUAAGGGUUAGGAGACAAAGGAAAUAGAAAAUAAACACAGGUUAAAAAAUUUUAACCUGAAAUUAAUUUUGAGUUGUAACAUAUAUACCAUGUGCCAGAGCAAACACGUUCAGUCUUUCGUUGCCUUCUGAAAAAAAAAAAAACCUUCUGCAUCAAGACAUGGAAAGAAAACCAAACAUCUUUAUUCUUAAUGGCUCAGUCAAUUCCAAACAUGCCCAUCCCUCCCCCCCUCCCAGCAUUUGUCGGACAUUUGUCAUUUUGUUUCGGAAAAGCUGCAAAUGCCCCAUGGUGGGGCUGAACAGUCAUACAAAACCCCCACAGUAGGGCUUAAAAAUAGGGUACAAAUGCCUCACCCGGGAUAACACCAAAAUUGAAUUUCCAAUUAAUAAGCUGCAAAUACCAUAUUUAUGGGAAUUCUCUAAUAACUUGCUGAUCAAAAUGUGAGAAGCACCCUACCCAAAUCACCCCUAGCCGCUAGUUAUAAUUAAUGCAAAAAAGAUCACGUCCAUCUCAGGGUUCUAUCUAGGAUUUAUCGUUUGGGGGAGAAGUCUGGAGUGGCCGAAGGCCACGAGCUUCCUAGGGUGGUCCGGGGGCAUGUCCCCUCCCCAAAAUUUUUGAAAUGAAUAUGUGCUGAGAUGCAACUUGGUGCAUUUUGAGACACAAUUUUGAGAAGUAUUACAGUGUGUGCAGUGACCUGCAGUGACGAUAUAGUUACUUAAUACUGACAACAAUAUUAAUUUUUUUGGGGGGGGGGAAGCUGGGCGUUUUGGGGGGGAAGCUUCUAUCCCUCAAAUACCCUAGAGAGAACCCUACGUCUGACUUAAGCAUCAAUGACAGAACUGUAAACUAGAAUAAUUCUAGUUUACAGUUCUGUCAUUUAAUUAAUACGUUGCGUAUGAUUAUUUCCUACUCCAUCUUAGUCACUGUUUGCAUAUGAAAUUGCUCUUUUCCAGCUUAGUCAUUUUUUGUAAGUGAACCCUUUUAAAACAGUGAGGCAGUCAUGAAGAUUACACUGUGACCCCAUUCUAGAAACUGUUGUUGGAAAUCUAACCCCAUUAUAGUCAAUCUAGACAUGAAAAUACUACCUCACCUUGUGGAAAGACCCUAGCAGCCUGUUGACUGAAACCUACAACAAAUCUUAUUCUUAAUGUCAAAUUUCACCCAACGAUCAGCCCUUUGCAUCAACCCUUCAUUUCCAUUUUGUCAUGAAAAUAAUUUUACGAAAUCUUCUCCAGUGAUAUGAGAGCAGCAACCAAAUAUAAUAAAUUUUAUUUUAUUGUCAUAGCAUAAUUUACUUGGAUGUAGAGUAGUAGGCAGUUUAUCACUUUAAAAGUUACUACUCACAUUGUAUGCAGGACUGUCGAUAAGGGCUGGUAGCUGGCUAAAACCGGCGGCUAGUUAGCCAUCCUUAGCCGGCUACUUUCAUCUCCUUCUACCAUAACUGCUUACAAAAAAUAAGCACCAUCGAAUAAAAUUGUAAAGCAUCAGUUUGAGCGCAUAUUUAAACAGGUUUAGAUCUGUGAAAUGUUUGAACUGUAGGAUGUCUUGGAAAGCCUGGGACAUUUCAACGGCAUUUUUCCCAGUCUUAUGUGUAUUCUGACGAAACAACAUGGUGCCCGCAGUGGAAAAUACCUCUUGAAAAACCUUGGAAACGCCAUUUCUGAGACUUGAAUUUUCAAAAUGUUCCUAGCUUCCUCAGCCCUCAAGAACUUGUGCCUUUGGUGUGAGUUCCAAAGCCGCCUACUAUUCAUCAUCAGCCUGCUACUUAAAAACUUUUUGACAGCCCUGUGUAUCAUCAGUGGUGGCCUGUUAGCCUAAAAGGAGGGUCAAGAAAGUGGCAAAGUCACAACAAGUCUACAUGAAAUCAUAAAAAUUCGAGUCUCACAGGAUAGUGGAAAAAUGCCAUGUGCAAAUGCCAUUAAUAUGGACAAUAAUACAAAUGUGACCUGCCUGUAUUUUAGUGGGAUGUAAUCAUUAAGCAGACUUGUAACCAUCUUGUCACUUUUGUACUUUACAUUUGCUGUUUUUUUUUUUUAUGGCAGAAUAAUCCAAUAGAGGAUGACUACAUAGUUGAUUGGAAUAGGAGACUUGGAUCAGGAAUUAGUGGACCAGUCAGGUAUGUAUGUGUAUAUCAGUGUCAAAUGCCAUGAUUAUUAAUUUUCUUGUUUUUAGAUUAAAGUACCUACGACAUUGUGCUGCUUGUGAGCCAAACAGUCAUGGAUUAUAAUUAAAUAAUUAUUAUUCUUAUAUAUGCAAUCAAUAUUUAAUUCAUGCACUGAAAUCACAAAAGCAAAAAAAUAAAUAAUUGUAGCAGCUGUUGUAAUAUCUGCAUCUCUCUCUAGGUUGUGCAAAAGUAUAGCUACAGGAAAAGAGUUUGCCUUAAAAUGUUUACUGGAUUCUCCAAAGGCUCGCACAGAGGUGAGAAUUAAUGUUAGAAGUAUAAAAAAGAGUGUAUAUUGGUUAUAUGUAAAAAUCUAGUUCUACGGUGUGAAAUAUGAGGUGGACAUGUCAUAAUUUAACCAUAUGUAAAGCCCCUUUUAUCUGUCACAGGUUAAAAUUAAAUUUGGGUUAAUUCUUUUUUUAAACUGAUGAUGAUUCUCAAUUAUUUCCUUUGUCUCCUAACCCUAAAUAAUGGAAGGACACCAAGGAAAUUGAGAUUGAAUGUAGGUUAGAAUUUUUAACCUGAAUUUGAUACGAUGUUGACCUAUAUCGUAAAAAAAAAAUAAUUUGAAAAAGUGAAUGUUACAGGUCAAAUUUUUUUUGUUAACCGAACUGGAUUCUCGAUUUCUGUUGUCUCCUAGUUUAGAGCUACCAUGUAACUGGUCAGUUUGAAGCUGCAUCAGUAGCCCUAAGUAUUUUAUUUUUAGUAAAAUCCAACAUUCUAGUGGUCUAUUAUCAAUGCUGCAUUCUGAUUGGUUGAGCUACUUCUAGGCUGUAUGUUAUAGCCCUCUAGUAGCGAAAAGUGCCGGCUUUGAGAGCCAAAACAAUGGAGGCUGAAUCGCAUUUUGCUUGCUUAAGUUGUUUUGUUUCGAUAUUUUUGACCAACUAGUUGAAUUCUACUAAAACAAUUAUUCCUCUUACCCUCAUGGGUCAAUAGCCCAUUUGGCCUUCAGCCUCAUGGGCUUUUGACUCAGAGCCCAUUUAGGCUCAAGGAAUAAAUGUUAAGUAUUUUUGGAUAUUUGAUGCUUUCACACAGCAUACAUUCUUUUCCAAUGAAAAUGAUAUUUGUACUAUUGUGAUUUUUGUUUACCUGUAGGCCAGGGUUCACUAUUUGUGCAGUGAUAACCCUCAUAUUGUGUCCGUGAUUGAUGUCUAUGCUGUUAACUUCAGGUUCCCUGGAGAAAUGAAACCUGUGUAAGUCAGAUAAGUGUCUUGAUGAUUUUAAUAUGAAACAGUUUUAAUCGGAAUUGUUUAAUAAUUAUUGGAAUAUGCACAAAGUUAACAUUGACUGACACUGGACAUUGAAUUAUUCGUCUCACAGUGAUACAAUCGAACAGCUCAGAGUUUGUUACUUAUAACCUUCCCUUCUCACCCGGGGGCAUUUCUUGAGGGUCAGGUCCUUCUCAUUGCUUCUAACAAAAAUACCUUGUUGAAUUUAUCAGCUUGUCUUCAGUUAACUACUGUGUGCAAGGUAGGCUGAGGUAGGGCAACAAGCGUCAAGUCCUCAAAGACAAAUACCGGGUACAUACUGAAGGGAUAAUGACGUGUCAAGUGUUUUAACUGAGAUGGUAUUUCCAAACCUGUUUUCCAGUCCCAGGAUUUUGAUGGUUAUGGAAUUGAUGGAGGGGGGUGAACUUUUUGAGCUUGUGAGAACAAAACGACGAUUCACAGAGAAAGAGGCUGUUCAUUUGUUCGGAAGACGAUUUGAGAUCUAGAAUUUUCGGAACAUUUUUGUAAAAUUUCUUGUGAGUUCUUUUUCGAACAUAUCCUUUUUAAUUAUCUUUAAUUAGAAUUUGCAACAUUUUGCAGUUGUUGUUUUUGUUCGAGACGCAGGGGGCAGCCAGCUAGGAAAUCCGAACAGAUGAAAAAUUUUAGGGGAUAAAAAAUAUGCCUGUUUUGGCUUCUACCAAUCAUUGUUUCAAUCAUUGUAUCAAGGAAUUAUAAACAACUUUUUUGGUGUGAAAGUGGGAACUUUUAAGGAACCUGAAACCUUAAAAUUGUACAUUUGUUUCAGAUUGCCUUAUCCAUUUACCACUGCCAUUCAUUCAAUGUCGCUCACAGAGAUCUCAAACCAGAAAACUUACUCCUUCUUGACAAAAGUGAGGUAAGCUAAAUAAAUUUACUUUUUAAAUUUUUUUGUUUCAGUUUUGAAUUUUCUGUUUACUAUGUACAAAAAGUAAAACUAAAAACGGUGAACAGAACGGAAUUAUAUAUUUAUUCGAAAAUCAAGCCUACUCUUUGCUGGAAAUUUCGCGUUCUAGGCGUAACCGAACCCCAAAAAUGUAUUCUUACAUCAGGAAGGAAAGCACUUAGCGUAGUUUCCCGAUUGCAAGCAAAGAUGUGGAUGAAUUGUUUCUUUUUUUCUUCGUCCGAACGAUGACAAGAAGAUGGCUUCUUCUUUUUUUAAACAUGUUAAUAGCUUCGAACGGACAUUUCUCGACAACAUAACCCGGGGCCCAGAAAGCUGUUGUUGUUUAAUAUGAUAUGUUGAUAAUAUGACAAUAUCAGUUAACAAAACAAAAUUAACUGGACUCAAUUAUUAGUUUGGACCUGUUCUUUUAUUCUUUAGAUUUUAAUCUGAAUAUUUAUUUAUGGGCCCGAAACGUUACCGGGACUCUCCAGAAACAGGCCUCAGAAGAAAAUGAUGGAGCUGUAAAUGGCGUCUGGAUGAGAAUUAAUCUGAUUCCGGCUGCAAUUUUACAUACAUUGUUUUUGUUUUUAAAAUUAUUACAGAACGUGAUUAUCAAGCUUGCAGAUUUUGGAUUUGCCAAGAUUGACAGAGGAGAUCUGGUUACACCACAAUUCACUCCUUAUUACGUGUCACCUCAGGUAAAAAUAAAAUAACUCAAAAUGAUUUAGUUCUCUUCCAGUUUUAGAAAGUACUGAACGAUCAGGGUCUACUAAUUUCAGUAAAGUGUCCCUCUGAUUUAAAUCAAAUUCAGUCCGUUAUGUAUGCACUAUGCCCAGCUCUUGCGCCGGCACCAAAACCAUAUCUUUUGAGCAGAGAGCGCGAUUCUGGCAUUCAACUUCUCCGUUGGCUUGAGUUCACAGGGGCGUCUUUCUCCGUUGUUCAACACCCUACGAUCGGAGAAACCGUUUCAAAAUCCUCCGAGGCAAACUGAGGCCCAUUGUCCGUCCUCAACCAAUAGGGAACACCAAACAGAGCAACCAUGGGGUACUGUUGUGGUCAAUUUUUACGCGAAUGCUAGUUUCAAACAGCGACUCUCUGGCUCUGUCUUUUCUACCCUUAAUACGAAAAUAAGAAGAACGUCUACAGCAACCCUGUGGGUUGGUCUGCGAUUGCAUUCUCGUAUGAAGUACAUAUACUCACGGUUUAGUCGCUUGAAAUCGUUCGCCAGAUAUAUAGACCACAAGAGGCCUGGAUUUUUUAGACCUGUGGUUUAGUGCACAUUUUUGUCGUUUGUUCCACGAACGGAAGCGUUUGUUUUUUUCACUGUUUCGUUGUAAUCAUAGCUCCUCUGGUAGCCUACUGACCGGUGCCGUGACUUGUUUGUAAUGUUUGACUAACACUUAUUUUAUUCGGACUUUCUCGCGUAAAUCGCAUGGGAAGUUAAGAGUACAAAUAAAAACGGCAGUGGUACCGCGAGAGAGGAGGAGGCGCGUGAGGGAAAAGCGCGCCUGGCCCAAAGGUCUACAAUAAUCGCGUUUCCGACAGCGCGUAACGUACAGGUUAGCUUACUUGGCAGGCGCAGGGAAGAGAGGAAGGGCAAAAUGGCGAAAGGGAAAAGGGAGAGAGGCGAGUUUUCCUCUCUUUAUUAAUCCCCUGUCCUUUUUCCCUUUCCCCUCUCUUCUCUUGGCGCCUGUCAGCUAGAACGAAGGCUACAUACACACCGGCCAGUUUGUGGUUUCUCGAUCGGGUGACCGGAUGUCCAUUCGAUUCUGAUUUGUCACGAUUAAUUAACAUUUCCGAAAUAUUUCAGAGGUACAUGGUUUUCAUAGUUUGACAAUAACUCUGAAGAUGCCGUCUUCAUUCUUGCCAGUUAGGGUGUUUUCAGGUCAGAUAAUGGACUGAUUAUGUCUUGUAACCCCAGGUUUGCCCAGAAAAUAUCACCUUUACAAAAGCUCGCUCCUUUGACUAUAAAUAUUAUUUGUUGGUCAUGCUUUUCUGAGCAAAUUAGCAAUUCCUAGAAAUCCAGAAUUAAACAGCAAAAUGUCAAAACAUUUCAAGGAGCUGUUUGUGAUUGGUUAACUUACAUGAUGUGACGAGGUCACAAGACUUGAUUUCGCUGCCCAACUUUACAGUCUGCUAGCAAUUUUUCUGUUUAUCAAGCGCAACACUGACAAUUCAUCAUGGAUAUUAAGACCGUGUUGCACAAUCUUCACGAAGAAGUAUCCUGUUCUGUGUGCAUGUGCACGUUUACUACACCAAAGCAGUUGCCUUGCUUGCACAGUUUCUGCCUACACUGUCUGAAUGGGAUUCAAAGAACAAGCGGCAUUCGUGGUAAAAUUACAUGUCCUGAGUGCAGGAAACAGUUUGACAUUCCUGAAAGUGGAAACCCCAGCGAAUUUCCCACAAACUUUCGCAUUAACAGAUUGCUGGAUGUUUUGGCGAUCAAAGAGUGCAACACCGCAGGCGUGAAAUGUGGAAACUGCGACAAACGAAGCGCGGAGACCUUGUAUUGCUUUCAAUGUUGUUCUUUCUGGUGUGCAGAAUGUAUUUCAGCUCACAACAUCAUCCGAGCAAACAAACAGCACAAGACACUUGCCUUGAAAGACUUCCAAGAUCAAGAUAUCGAGGCGGUGUUAAAGCGACCUGCCUUUUGCCAGACGAAGAACCACGAAAACAAAGAGUUAGAGUUCUUUUGCAAGGUGUGUCAAGUCGCCAUUUGUAACGCUUGUGCUGUUACAGAACAUGAAGGACAUGCGAAGGUGAUUCUGGAAACAGCAACAAAUGAGAAGAAACUACAAAUCGUGUCUCGCAUUAAAUCACUGAAAGAUAUAGAACAAGAAAAGAGAAAUCAAGUGGAGAAAAUAAAGCAAGACAGUAUUGAAGUUCAAGUGCAAAUGGCUGACGUGAAAGGCAAGGUACAGACGAGCGCCGAACAAUUAAUUGCGAUCAUCGAAGCGGAGAAACAGGAUAUUUUUAAUGCAGUUGAUAAACAAGCACACGACUCCCUGAAAGGACUCACAUUAAAGAAAGACCAAAUUGAAGAUGAGCUGAAAAAGAUUCAAUCUGCAAUCAAACGAACCGAGACUUUGUUGGAACAAAGCUCAAGUGCUGAAAUUUUAGGAUUGAGUAAAACACUUGAUACACUCCUUCAAGACCAUGGCGUAAAAGUUAACUAUGACUCUAAGAGCAUCCCCCGUUUUAGCUAUAUUGACAACGUAGAGCUUAUUAACCUGUUGAAGGCUGAAGGUAUAGGUUAUGUUAAAACUGUUUUCACUGAAACUAAAGCGCAACCGGCAAAGUGUUUCAGGCCUUUGCUGUCUUUUGGAGGGUUUGCUAUGUCUGUUGGAAAGCUUCAAACUCCUUGGGGGGUGGCAGUGAAUGAUCGUGAUGAAAUAGCAGUUACUGAGCAUAAUAACAGCAGAGUGUCAGUAUUCAGUAGUGAUGGUACCCACUUAAGAUCAUUUGGUAGUAAAGGUAGUGAAAAUGGUGAAUUUAGCUGUCCUCGAGGAAUCGCUUUUGAUAAACAUGGCAAUAUUAUCGUGGCAGACACUGGUAACCACAGAAUUCAAGUAUUCAGUGGGAAUGGUAAAUUUCUUAGUAAGUUUGGUAAAGAGGGAAGUCUUGAUCACCAGCUUAACUGUCCUCAUGGUUUGUCAAUAACUAGACACGGUGAUAUUAUUGUUGUUGAUCGUUCUAAUAAACUUAUCAAGAUAUUUUCUUCUAGUGGAGAAUGCUUACAUAAAUUUGGCGGUGAAGGUUCACUGGUCGAUCCCUUGCACUGUAUCCAGCAGGGAGAAUAUUUUAUUGUUUCAGACUUUGAAGAUCAGUGCAUCAAAAUGUUUGACCGUGAGGGUAACUUUGCAUUUAAAUUCGGAAUGAAGGUGAACAAGGAUGAACAGUUCAAAAAGCCUGCCUUCUUGUCAGUUAACAAAGAAGGGUUGUUAAUGGUUUGUGAUUACUUUAACCAUAGAGUUCAGGUAUUUGACCUGAACGGGAAGUUUAUUACAAAGUUUGGAAGUGAAGGUAGUAGGGCAGGAGAGUUUCGAACUCCAGUCGCUAUUGCAAGUCUUUGUGAUGGAAGAGUGGUUGUGUCUGACAGUCGUAACCACCGAAUCCAAGUGUUUGAUCAGAUGUGAUCUUACCAGUCUCAAACUAUUGAAUUUUGUCUCAAUGUUUUUCGUAGCGUUAUGGAGAUAGAUUGAUAAUAAACUGUGAAGGAUCGAGAUUUUGAUAUCUGUGCUUUUGCUUAUAGUUUGUUUUAUCAGAAUAAAGUGCUUUUUAUCAGAAUGUAAGUUUCAGUUAGAGUGUUUUGAACAAAGAUUGACAAUUCGACAAUUUAUUACUGUCCUUAUUUAUUGUUCGAAGUGUAAAUCUUAUUCUUAGUUUGCUAGUAAUACGAUCGUUGAGGUUGUUAUACUUAUUUUUGAGUAUUUUAUCACUAGGAGUAGCAGCAGUGAUAAUUUUCUUUUCUGAUUAUUUUAUUCGCGCACACUUCCGCCCUCUAAUGUCUCUGAGGUCGAGGUGCAGCUGCGAAGUUGAAAAAUGUUCAAUGAUUUUGGUGAAAAUAAGUAAGUCUUUACGUCAUCUGUGCAAUAUAUGCCUGUCUGCUGAGAAAAUAGAAAAUACAAAUGAGAUAUAUCCUGUAACGUUUGAUGGGUUGGGAAGAAGAGGGGGGUGGGAAGAGGAAGGGUCACCAGGUCAAAGGCAAUUUCCGGUUUUUGAACAUACAAAAAUCAGCGAAUCCGCUCAGCGGAACCGUAUCUAUUCAAAACCACUCUCCAGAGUGAUAUAAGAGCCCCGUAAACACAGAUCACAGAUGGGUAAAAAAGUAUGCGGUUUCAAAAAUGUCCGGAUUCGUGUGGAGAGAGCAUAAAACUUCAGGAGGAGGGGGCUGAGAUCUUAGUGUUUUCUUUCUCCUUCUGCGCCAUUUGUUGUAGCCUGCGAGAGCAUCCGGUUUUUUCUACUCUAGUUUCACGGAGGGAGAGAAGCGACGACCGGAAAUACGUCUGCCGUUCGCAGGCUACAUUAGUUAAGGGCGUUCGUUGACCUUGGGAAGUGGCGUGGUGGAUAAUGGCUGGGGUUUAAAUUGUAAGUCAGCUGAAAUGGGCAAAUGCCUCCUCCUAAAUCCUCUGCUCGUUUUCGCUUGCGAGUCUUCUAGUUCGUUUUGCUCCAUACUUGACGCAAUUUAGUGUGUGUAAAAGAUUUAAUGGUCAUCAUGGGCUUCCAUUUAAACUCUAAGAAAUCAUCCACCAUUCAUUCUGAGUGAAUGCGUUUUCUGAAGGGGAGGCGGGUCUGGCCCGCGUUGCACCGGCCCACGCCUUAUCUAGACCAUUAGUAUAGAAGGUUUAGAUUGUUUGCGCGCGACGCAGGCUAAUGCGGGUCACGCGAGCACUAGAAUUCGCUCGCGUUAUCGCGUAAGUCACAAGAGACCGGGAAGAGUGCGGGGUAGACAUGUGAAAAACAUCUGAACAACUGCUCGAAAAGGAUGUUUCAUUUCUUUCCCCUCCUCUCACCCCUCUGUGUCCAUUCGUCUUAUGCCCGCCCUAUUAAGGUGGCCCGAACCUGUUUAUAUGCGUGUUGGUUAUGUUUUUGAUUUGCGUUUUUCAGAAUGAAAGAUUCAAACGAUUUCUAUGAUUUUUAGCAUCCUUAAUAUAACCUCGUUCCCAGGGGGGAACGAGGUUGUCCUUAAUAAACAAUAAUGGAACUUAAAGAAAAUGUGAUAUAUUUUCUUCUGGGUAUAAAAACCUUUGAGAUAUCGGCACAUAUUUAAAACCGCAUUUUUACGAAAAAUGUAGAUAACUUCUAAAUCCCACGACAGAUUUUUCCCUAACUUUAGCAAAUAAGCCUCAGAGCUCUCUAGUUUUACAUCUGCAAGUCUGAAGGCAGUCGUGACCGUAGAACUCGCUGCACAAAAUCCUGGUCAAAUUUAAGCCUAAAAUUCUGCGCUAACACAUUUCUGGAAGAUGACGCACAAAUAGAGGACGACUGCCGACAGACUACCUCCUAUCUGAAAUGAUAUUCCUAGCUAAAGCUUUAUUGCAAAAAACAGAGUAAUCAGAAACUUACGGCGAAUACAGUUGGCACUUUAAGAAGAACAAUUUUAAGCUGAGUGCGCGGUGAUAUUAAAGAACUUCUAUUCAUCAAACUUACUUUGUAUUUGUCCCUCUCUUUUGGAAACAAAUCUUAAUAAAGCAAAAUAUAGCUUCUACGAAAAACUGUCAAGAGUUUUUAGCGUCGCAGGUUCCUGUUUUGAAGAGAAAUAUGGCCACCAACUCCAGUACUUCUAACCAUCCAUUUUUCAGCUGCAAUGAAAACCCUCGUAUUUGGUAAUCUAUUCACGCUUUGAAGACUUGCCAUUGGCAGUGGUGCCGCGAGAGAGGACGACGCGCGCGAGGGAAAAGCGCGCCUGGCCCAAAGGCCUACAAUAAUCGCGUUUCCCACAAUUAGUGCGUAACAUAUUGGUUAGGGACGGACCAUGAGAAAAGUGAUGGGGGGGGGGGGGGGGAAAAAACCCAAAAAAAAUUCAUGCAAGGGAAAAUGCCAAGAAAAAAAAUUCAUGCAAAGGAGAAGGUAAAGAAAAAAAUUCAUGCAGAAGGAAGGUCCAAUUGUGACUUUUUCAGAAAGUCUGAGUUUCUUUCAGAAAGUCUGAGGUUCAGAAAUCAACAAUAUUACCAGGCACUAUAUGAAUAAACAAAAAUCACUUUCUUCUUAUGAAAGGAGACAAUUAGAACCUUGCUUUUGUUUUAAAUUGCAGCUAGUGUACCUACAACAUACACUGUAUACUGUAUUAUAAUAAAAAUAAUAAAAUAAAAUUUGUAGUAUUAGAAUUUGGUAGCUUUGUAAAUAUUCUAUAAAAUUAUUUGUGCCCACAAAAAGAUACACCCACGCUAUUGGUCACUUUUGCAGCCAGUGGCAAGUUAGUAUUUUCGAUCCUAGCCACCACUAUUUAAACAGCCUGCUUCGCUCUUUGUACCUAAGUCUUUACCAUAGUAGCAACUGACGAGGAACGCUAUAGUUCUGAAACCGCAGUCUUGCGUAAGAAUUCAUAGCAGUCGCAUAGACGACUGUUAAGCAAAAACUUAAGUAAAUACCUCCGAAGGAACAACAAGACAUCGCGCUCUAGUUCAAAGACUCACUUAUGUUAAGAAAAACUAAAUGGACUGUGUGAGCGCUAAGAGAAUUAUCUUGACUGACGCACGGCAUAUUUCUCCAAACUUGGUGUAGCUUUAGUUUUAGAUACAGUGUACAACUCAAAUCUGAAGAUCGCACCAUCCGUGGAAAUUCAAAAUCCUGCAAACCACACUACAGAGCUGGGCCAAGAGUCAUACUCACAUGGCAGGAAAUAAUCACAUUCACGGACAAAGAAACUUGCAUGCAUGCAUAUAGUUAUUCAGGUACAGUCACUUCGGAGAAAACAAAAAAAAAAAUCUUUAUUCAGCCGUAAUAAACAGAGUUCAAAGGAUAUAAAACACUUUACAACUGCAUCUGAAAUCAAAUCUUAUUAGGGACACCAACAGAAGCAUAAACCACAGGAAAUGAUUACUCAGUAUGCAUGUAACAAACCGGCUUCCUGACCUCUAAAUAUAAGACUUAGUGCGGCAAAAACAAGAUUUACUCAGUCAAAGUUUAGAAUGCUACACGUCUUGCACUGUGUAGUGCUAGUAAACUUCGCGCGAGAGAAAAAAGAAAGAGAACCACUGUUCAAGCAGACUUUCAAGGUCACGUUUCACAUUAUAACGAGCUUAUGAGUUGUGUUUGGCUUAUCAACGCUUAUUUCUUGUUGUUUUGGUGAAUGGAGUAUGGCAUCAUUAUGAUGGACUGUAGGAGAGGAAUUCCAGAGGGCAGGGACUGAAAAAAUGCACAGGGAAGCCGUCCACUCCAAGUGGCUUCCUCCUCUCUCAUUGUGUGUACAUUUUCGAAAACAUUUUGCAUUAGAGUGGCCUGUAUCCUUUGAUCUGUUGUAAACAUAGAUAAUGAAUCAAGAUUUCACUGUUCAAAAAAAAAAAAAAAAAUAUUUGACAAAAAAAAAAAUUCGUGCAGAGGGGUUCACCUGAAAAAAAAUUCCUGCACAAGCAGUGAGCGAAAAAAAAAAAUUCCUGCACAAGCAGUGAGCGAAAAAAAAAAAUUCCUGCAAGCUGAAAAUUCCCCACCCCCAAACUGUUUCGAAGACAUUGUUAUGGCAACAAACAAUAGCGGACUGGAUUCAAACUAUUUGCUUGUAUGUGUAAAGCGACGAGAAAGAGAAGAAGAAAAAGGCAUAGAGUAAGAAUUAACGGGCGCGCUAGCUUACUUGGCAGGCGCAAAAAGCUUAAAGGGGAAGAGAGGAAGAGAAAAAUAGCGAAAGGGAAAAGGGAGAGCGGCGAGUUUUCCUGUCUUUAAUCCCUUGUCCUUUUUUCCCUUGCUCCUCUCCGAUCCUCUCUUGACACCUGUCAGCAAGGACGAAGGCUACAUACACACUAGUUUGUGGUUUCUCGGUCGGGUGACUGGAUGUCCACUCUGAUUUGUCAUGAUUAAUCAACAUUUCGGAAAUAUUUCAUGGGUUCAUGGUUUUCUUAGUUUGUCAAUAAUUUUGAACAUACCUUCUUAAUUCUUGCCAGUUAGGGUGUUUUCAGGUCGGGGUAUUAUGUAUUAUUAUAUCAGACUGAUUAUGUGAUGUGUUGUAACCCCAGGUUUGUCCACAAAAUAUCACCUUCACAAAAGCUCGCUCCUUUCACUGUAAAUAUUAUUAGUUGGUCAUGUUUAUCUAAGCAGAUUAACGAAUUCCUAGAAGUCCAGAAUUAAAUCAUUCUCAUAAGUCAGGAAAAUGUCAAAACAUUUCAAGGAGCUGUUUGUGAUUGGUUAACUAACAUGAUGUGAUGAGGUCGCAAGACUCGAUUUCGCCGGGUCACCCUUUACAGUCUGCGAGCCAUUUUUCUGUUAAUGACAAUUCAUCAUGGAUAUUAAGACCUUGUUAUAUAAUCUUCACGAAGAAGUAUCCUGUUCUGUGUGCAUGUGCAUGUUUACUACACCAAAGCAGUUGCCUUGCUUGCACAGUUUCUGCCUCAACUGUCUGAAUGGGAUUCAAAGAACAAGCGGCAUCCAUGGUAAAAUUACAUGUCCUGAGUGCAGGAAACAGUUUGACAUCCCUGGAAGUGGAAACCCCAGCGGAUUUCCCACAAACUUUCGCAUUAACAGAUUGCUAGAUGUUUUGGCGAUCAAAGAGUGCAACACCGCCGGCGUGAAAUGUGGAAAUUGCGACAAGCGAAGAGCCGAAACUUUGUAUUGCUUUCAAUGUUGUUCUUUCUGGUGUGCAGAAUGUAUUUCAGCUCACAACAUCAUCCGAGCAAACAAACAGCACAAGACACUUGCCUUGAAAGACUUCCAAGAUCAAGAUAUCGAGGCGGUGUUAAAGCGACCUGCCUUUUGCCAGACGAAGAACCACGAAAACAAAGAGUUAGAGUUCUUUUGCAAGGUGUGUCAAGUCGCCAUUUGUAACGCUUGUGCUGUCACAGAACAUGAAGGACAUGCGAAGGUGAUUCUGGAAACAGAAGCAAAUGAGAAGAAACUACAAAUCGUGUCUCGCAUUAAAUCACUGAAAGAUAUAGAACAAGAAAAGAGAAAUCAAGUUGAGAAAAUCGAGCAAGACAGUAUUGAAGUUCAAGUGCAAGUGGCUGACGUGAAAAGCAAAAUACAGAACAGCGUGGAACAAAUAAUUGCCGUCAUCGAAGCGAAGAAACAGGAUAUUUUUAAUGCUGCUGACAAAGAAGCAAACGACUGCCUCAAAGGACUCGCAUUGAAGAAAGACCAAAUUGAAGAUGAGCUGAAAAAGAUUCAAUCUGCAAUCAACCGAGCUGAGACUUUGUUGGAACAAAGCUCCAACACUGAAAUUUUACGAUUGAGUACAACAUUUGUUACAAUCCUUCAAGAACAUGGCGUACAAGUUAACUUUGACUCUAGCAUUCCCCGUUUUAGCUAUAUUGACAAUGUAAAUCUUAUCAACAUAUUGAAGACUGAAGGUAUAGGUAAUGUUAAAACUGCUUUCAAUGGAACUAAAGCGCAACAAGCUCAAGCAAAGUGUUUCAGACCUGUGCUGUCUUUCGGAGAGGAAGGCAAGUCUGUUGGAAAGCUUCAAACACCCUGGGGGGUGGCAGUGAAUGAUCGUGACGAAAUAGCAGUCACUGAUAACAGCAGAGUGUCAGUAUUCAGUAGUGAUGGUACCCACUUAAGAUCAUUUGGUAAGGCGGGUAGUAAUAAUGGUGAAUUUAACUGGCUUCGAGGGGUCACGUUUGAUAAACAUGGCAAUAUUAUCGUGGCAGACUCUGGUAACCACAGGAUCCAAGUACUCAGUAGAAAGGGCAAGUUUCUUAGUAAGUUUGGUGAAAAGGGAAGUCAAGAUCACCAACUCAGAGGUCCUGAAGGUGUAUCAUUAACUAGUGACGGUGAUAUUAUUGUUGUUGAUCGUUUUAUUAAUGAAAUAUUGAUCAAGAUAUUUUCCCCUAAUGGAGAAUGCAUAUUUGAAUUUGGCAGUAAAGGUUCCUUGCUUGAUCCCUGGCACUGUAUCCAACAGGGAGAAUAUUAUAUAGUUUCAGACUUGGGUGAUCAUUGCAUCAAAAUGUUCGACCUUAAGGGUAACUUUAUAUUUAAAUUUGGAAUGAAGGGGAACAAGGAUGGAGAGUUCAAUAACCCUACCUUCUUGUCAGUUAACAAAGAAGGCUUGCUAAUGGUUUGUGAUAACGGUAACCACAGAGUCCAGGUAUUUGACCUGAGCGGGAAUUUUGUCACAAAGUUUGGAAGUAGAGGUAGUAGGGCAGGAGAGUUUAAGUUUCCAAUCGCUACAGCAAGUCUUGGUGAUGGAAGAGUGGUUGUGUCUGACAGUCGUAACAACAGAAUCCAAGUGUUUGAUCAGAUGUGAUCUUUGCAGUGUCAGACUAUUGCAUUUUGUCUCAAUGUUUUUCGUAGCGUCAUGGAGAGAGAUUGAUAAAUAAAAUGUUAAGGAUCGACAUUUUGAUAUCUGUGCGUUUUCUUACAGUGUAAAACGGUAAAUUUUACCGUAUUUGAAAAGUGAAUUGGGACUUAUUUUUACGAACUUUGAAACUCAUUAAUCGUUGCCAUUAACAACGAGUUUUUGUUUACGUAAUCAUCAAGUAUUGUGAAUGUUGAUAUUUUUACGUUUGCGAUAUUUGUGUUCGAUCGAUAAUUUUUCUAUACCAGUUGUACAAAGCUUAUUGGUAGUUAUUACUUAGUUUGGUUGAUUGAGAUGUUCUUUUUGGACGUCACGUUUCGGAUACGCAAGUGCUGAAGUUCGAUUUGAUUAAAUUCUUUCUUUUGAUUGAAUUGGGGAUUUAAUUUAUUUUAGUGUUCAAACAAAGGACAGUUUUUGGUUUGUUUUAAUUGAUCUUCUCCGGAUCAAUCAAAGCUGUAAAGAUAAGUUGAGUUCAGCCAAAGAAGUUCUGUUUUUGCCAUUUAGUUGUGUUUUGAGAACUUUUUAUUGAACUGGUCUGUGUUUGGAGAAUGAAACCCUGUCCAUCGGAGUUUCUCAAUCGGACCGUAGAAACGUAGUCUGUUCAUGAUUUUUUGAGGAAGAGGUGUUAAGUAUACGUCUUUUGUUUGAAAGCCUUUGUAAAAUAUUCAUAACUAACUGGUUCGCAAACAACUUUUGAGUUAAUAUGUGGAAAAAGGCGGGACUCGUUAGUAUUGUUAUAGUAUUCCAACAAGAAGGUUCCAAACGACAACUUGGGUACUGAACGCAAAAUGACGAAUUGUUCUUUUGGUUGUAACAAUAUUGUACAUAGUAUAUUUCUCUUCACGCAAACAUUUUUUAUAAUUUUUGUAUUUAGUAGGAAGGGUCACCAGAUCAAAGACACUUUCCGGUUUUUGAACAUACAAAAACCACUGAAUCCGCCCACCGGAAACGUAUCUUUUUGAAACGACUCUCCAGAGUGAUAUAAGAGCUCGGAAACACAAAUUCGGGUUAAAAAUAGUGGUUUAAAAAAUGUCCGGACAGAGCCUAAAACUUUAAGAGGAGGGGGCUGAGAUCUGACGCUGAGCCGAUCUGAGCGAUUUCUUGCUAGUGGAUGAGGGCUGGGGUUUUUAAAAUUGGAAGUCAGCUGAAAUGGGCAAAUGCCUUCUCCUAAAUCCUCUGCUCGUUUAUGCUUCAUACUUGACGCUAUUUAGUGUGUGUAAAAGAUUUAACGGUCAUCAUGGGCUUCCAUUUAAACUCUAAGAAAUCAUUCACCAUUCAUUCUGAGUGAAUGCGUUUUCUGAAGGGGAGGCGGGUCUGGCCCGCGUUGCAGUCGGCCCACGCCUUAUCUAGAUCUUUUAGUAUAGAAGGUUUAGAGUCCAUAAAAUAUCUAUACCACUCGCACGGAAGGGAUCUGAUUUUCCAAGGGGGACAGGGUGGUCAAUGUGCCUAAUUUUUCAGUGCGGAGGUGGGGGUACCCCAUAGGGAAAUAUUUCCAGAGUGUUUUAGUGACGCGUAAGAGAGUAACAAAGAAAAAACACAAAAGUUUACCACGACAAUUUAUUUGCGAAGGAUAAGGAUUAAUGAACAUAGCUAGCAAAGAUAUUUUGUCAGUCCCUUGGAGUGACCUCUCACGCGAAAACGUUCCUUAUGGUUUGCCAUUUUCGAACGGAUAGCCGUUCGAACGAAUUUGGUAUUCGUUUGAACGGCUCGGGCUAUCCGUUCCAAAAAAAAUUGUCAUCCAAUAUGCAAAUUUGGUAAAACGAAAUUCGAUACUCGCGUGACGAUGUCCUGAUCUCUUUGGUUAUACUUCUUCAACUUUUACUUUCUUCUUGAUGCAGUGAGAGAAAAUUACAGUUAUAUUUCCCACGAAUUUCAUUUGCGUGUGGCUGAGAACUUGUUCAACAAUUUCUUCAUGACUUGAAUGCAUAAGGAAUCGCUAUCUGUCGUAGAAUUCAACAGAAAAUACAUGAAACUCACAAAAUUUGUUCGUGACUUGAGCAAAUAAGGAGUUCGCAUAAGGAAUUCGCUUAUCUGUUAUAGAAUUUAACAGAAAAUACAUGAAACUCACAAAAUUCGCAUCCUAGUGAACAAACCUAUUUAUUUGUUCACUUCAAUAAGAGAUAGCAAUAAUUCCAGGGGGUGUGAGAAAAUUUUGGAAAUUCCGAGGAGGAGCGGGGGGGGGGGUACAUUUUGUGGGUCGAUUUUGGAAAAUCUAGAGGGGAGGCGGGAUCAUAUGGUAGAUCCCCUCCGUUGGGGUGGUAUGGAUAUUUUCUGGAACCACUAGAUUUCGCUUAGGCUAUCGCGUAAGUCACAAGAGACCGGGUAACCUCGUUCCCAGUGGUCCUUGGCGAUUUCGGAUGAGACGUCACCUGUCAAGCUUGUCGGGAGACGUGAACUGGCCUGGGUACGAGGCUGGACACCGGGAAGAGUGCAGGGUGAGACAGGCGAAAAACAUCUAAACACCUGCUCGAAAAGGAUGUUUCAUUUCUUUCCCCUCCUCUCCCCCCUCUUUGUCCAUUCGUCUUAUGCCCGUCCGAUUAAUUACACUUGCUCAGGGCUGCUUUUCCAAAUAUUCCCCUGCUUUCAAAAUAAAAAGUAGCGACUACUCGCAAGAAGAUCAGCACCAAAAACCUGUGAGCCUUUAUUGCUACCUAGCCUGCGAUCAUGCGCACCCUAACCCUAUAAUCACGGCGGUUAUCUCUCAACCGAAAAAUACGCGUGUAUUAAAGGCUCCCGGUUGAUGGACAUCUCCUAUUUACUUCCUCACUAUUAAACUUGAGAAUCUACUGUCACUAUUGAAUGUUAUUGUGCGUGUAAAUAACAAUGGUUUGCGCUUUUCGCUUAGGUGCUGGAAGCCCAAAGGAUUCACCGUGCUCAAAAGUCUGGGAGAUUUCCUUUUUUAACCAAACCAUACACAUACGACAAGGUAGGAUUAGUAAAAGCUGUCGACUGGCCUGUUACUUAUUACUUUUAUAUUACUUACAUGAUGUCAAGUCGUUUUUAGCGUCAUCCUUGGUGCAGACUCUGGUGCAAACUAACGAAUAACUUUAUCUUACCUUGGGAGGGCACCUUCUUAUUCGUCUAUCUGUAGUUCUUGUUAAAACUGUGAAAACAAGGAUAGAAUUACAGAACCCGUCUAUAAUUCGUCUUUUCGUUUUCUUAUACGCGAAACGUCAACGAAACAUUUGGUUCAAAUCAGAGGACGGUAUCUUUUGCGACAGAAAGGUUUACGUUAAACUGCCCAUAACUUUUUUUAAAAUUCUUUCAUCCGAAUUUACACAUCAAUCGAUGAGCCUUAGCUAGCCUUCUAAAUCCUAUGUUUUCGCGGUCGACUUGUUCCGCUGAUAAGAAUGCCAUAAUAAGCUCACGUGAGUCAGGAACCUUUUUUGUGAAUGCGUCUAAUUGAACCUCAGCAAAUGGAGCGAGCAGGAUCAGAAAUUUACCGGUUGAAGUUGUUUCACAUACACGCACACAUUCUAACAUGUUUAACAUUGGUUUCAAUUGGACGCUAGUUUAUUUAUACUACAAGACAAAGCAGACUAGUACUUUCUACCCUGUUUUUCUGGCAUGUGACGUGAGCUUUACCAACCUCUCUGUGUAUUUCACCCCCACAGAGUUGUGACAUGUGGUCGUUAGGUGUGGUCAUCUACAUCAUGUUAUGUGGAUACCCACCAUUCUAUUCAGAGGUACCUCGUAAACAGCUCUCACAAGGAAUGAAGCGGAGAAUUAUGGCUGGAGAGUACGACUAUCCUGAAAAGGAAUGGUCCAAAAUAUCACCAGAAGCCAAAGAAGUUAUAGCAAGGUAUGUCACCUUAACAAUAUGAAUCGAACCACAGUGAUAAUGUAAUGAAACCAUUUUUCUGCAAUAUGAAGGUAGAGUAGUUAUAGUUGUCAUUUCUUUUCAACUUUCCGAUCGUAGUUACCGUUAAAUUUUUUGGCUUUUUGCUGAAAGCAAUUGAAGGUUUCCACAAAAAGUUUGUUUUAUUAAGUUAAUAUGUUAAUUAAAUUUGCCGUCUUUAAGACAUUACACCUAUGUAACUGAAGUCGUAAGAAUUCCUUCACCACGAUUUAAUUCCGUCUCAUCAUUUUCGGAAACGCCCUCGCCCUGUUUAUUUGUGUUUUAGCCCAAGUGGCUGCAUGACUAACCCGGCGGGAAAUACAUCAAUAACUGAACGAGGAAUAUAUCUAAAUCUUGCCUGUUAACAAUAAUUAUUAUUCAUUCGAAAUAUUUCCCCGAUUCUGAUUGGCUAAAAGCACACGCAUAAUUCACCAUAACCAGUUUCUGAUGACCAAAUUUGGAAGAAUUUUGUGUUUAACGAGGAAAUGACGUCAAAAAUGCAGCGUUCGUGCAGGUUAUCAGGUUAAGGCACCGUUAACCGAGAAGACCUGGGGACGAGGUUGAGUUGUUUUGGUUGUGAAAACAAAAAAUAACCUUAACCCUAACCCUGACCGUUUAACUUAUCUCCCCGCUUCACCCUUCUAUGAUUAGCUGUAUUCCUCGCAAGGUUCUUCUUUUUCUUUUCUAAUUCAGUAUUGAUAACGAUCUUUUUGUAGUUUAUUACGGGUGGAACCAGCUCAAAGAAUGGCUGUUACCGAGUUGCUUGAACACUCAUGGUUAAAUGAAGGAGUCGUUCCAGAUGUUCCACUUGAUUCUCCUUCAAUUAUUGUAUCAGACGAGGUUUGUUUUCAAUUUAUAUUUUUGAUCAUGUUAUAAAUGCUACUCAGCACUGGGUGUAAUAUUGCUUCCUAUGCCCGCAAAAGGUGGAAUAUCAGUCCAUGAUUAAAGUUUUGUGUUACCACUGAAACGGAAGCUGCCAGGAGCCAUAAUCGGGGUGAAGCAGGUUAUGGCUCCUGAAACUACCGAAGAGUGUUUUCCCACUUGCUCCUGAGAUGUCAACGAUUAUUCUAACUUUUAAUUCUGUGGAUGAAAUCUUAGUGCUAACUUACACCAUUCGGUUGAAAGCUACCAAGCAUAUCUCUUGCCUGUUAAUUACUGAAAGAGUGGUCAUUUCCUUUAAGUCUGCAUGGCUUUAUGUUGCUCUGUUUAUUAUGCUGUAUAAAGGACCUCUAGAAGAUAAAAUAUACAUCUGAAACCGUGAAAGCUGCUGAGCAGUGCUUCCCUGUGACUCAGUUUUUGUGUUCUACACGGUUUUCGUAACCUUAACGUAAGAACAAGAUCCCAGCACUGUCGCUAUGCUGCAUACUGUAAUACCAAGCAUUAACACUGAAGUUUGUUUUUGAAAGAGAGUGUGGUUGCUAUAAUAUAUUAUUUGUUACAGGAAGCAUUCCGUGAUGCCAUGACUGCACACUCUGCUCAACUGACAAAGAUGAGACUUCCUGAUCGCGCCAUCAUGCUCAAAGCCGUUUCCAAAGCAAAGAACCCGAUUCUCGUAAAGAGAAAAAAGAUGUUUAAACUCGGGUUAGCGAGAGACUCUUUUUUUACUCAAUUUGCGACAGUUUGUAUUUGUGUUCCAAGACACCACUUAAUCCCAGACUAUUUACAGCGGUCUUGCCCAAGCGACUAUAUAUACUGCUACACAUACACCAUGCAUUCAUGAUCAUCUUUGAGACAAGUCACACAGGUCUCAUCAUGGCUUCAUUAAACGUGCUCGGCAAACUCCUUCCCUCCUCACGCACCCUUUCGCCUUUCCCCUUUUACUUCAUUGGCGUUCGCCGCUUCCUUUCUGCAUCCUGUUUUUAUUUCCAUUUUCCUCAAUUUCUUGGGCUAUUCUCGCGGUAAGUGUGUCUCGUUUUGCAACCUAGAUUUUAUAUAGGUUGCCACGUGUUCGACAGCUGGUUCGACAUUCGGUCUGGUCACAUGUAUUUUCAAGGUCAGUAUUUUCUGUACUUUUCCCCAUUUGUCUGCAGUAUUUUCUUAGCCAUAUUCAUUGCUUUAGCUGUAUUUGUUUUCAAUUCUUUUCUUUUUAUUCUUUUUCUGCAGCCGCUGCCGGUAUUUCAGUCUUACGAGUCCAAUUCCCUGUCGGAUUGCCGGCGCGUAAGACUGCUAUCCCUCGAGCCGCGUCUUUUCCUAUAUUGUCCUCACAGUACCACUUUAUCUUUCAGGUUGCAAUUCCCUAAUUUCAGCAUUUAUCUUUCUGAUGGAUCCCGUGAGUGGUACUUUCACUGGCCUCGGUUUUUUCUCCAAUCUUAUUGAGCGGCUCUAGCGGGAUAGCAGUCAGUUCUUGUUCAGUUCUCGCAGUAUGUCCGGUUUCUUACUUCCGCAUGCGGGGUUUUCAGUUAUUUUGGUCUACGCUGUUUAGUCUUCGUGCUUUAAUGCUAGUUUUAUUCAUGCGGAAUCAGAGCCUGAAUUUGCUUUACUUGCAUGCUGCUGCAUUUUCAUGAGUGAACUAUUGUUUGGCUUAUGCUUUCGUUGAUGUUUUUAGCAAAAACCCACAGUUUUUGUUCCAAAUAAAUGUGUUUUGUGGCUACAGAGCAGAAGUUGUUUUACGGCCAAUUUUUGUUGCCUGACUCUGUCGAGCGUGUACUAGAACCAGGGGCUUAAUUUCGCUAAAAUGUUCACGCCCUGGUAUUGUUUACACUGUGUUUUGUGGCUUCAGAGCAGAAGUUGUUUUACGGCAAUUUUUGUUACCUGACUCUGUCGAGCGUGUGUUAGAACCGGGGGCUUAAUUUCUGUAAACUUUAUUACGCCCUGGUCUUGUUUACAAUUUGUUGGGAAUUGUGGCUCCAGAGCAGAAGUCUUUUCGUGGCAAUUUUUCUUACCUGACUCUGUCGAGCGUUUUAUUUAGUUAUGGGGACUGCAUGAUUUGUGCUAAAUUUAUUGCUCCCCGGUCUUGUUAAUACGGGGUAGAAGUUGUUUUGCGGCAAUCUGGUUUCCUGACUGUUUUUAGCGUUUUUCUGUAGUAAGGGUAUCAAGGCUGGGGGUUUUGAGUUUGGGUGUAUGGGAUGUUGUCUUCCUGUUGGUAGUGCGAUGUCUCGGAAAGCAUUAUUCGUACGUUGGCCGCCAGAUUUCUCCAUCUUUUACCUUAGGAGCGUGGGCAAGAUUGGUGUAAAUAGGGUUAGGGUUGAUACUAAUUAUACUAUUUGAACCAAUCUUGCCCACGCUCGUAUGUUAAGUGAUGGAGAAAUUGGGCGGCCUCUUCUGGAUGAAGGAUACAGGCCUGAGAUACCGUGGGUUAGGAUGCACGGGUGGGAAGAGGGAAAAGCAAACCAUCCGAAAGAGGUGCCAUGAGGUGGAGAGCGGGCAAGGCGAGGUGCAUGGCCAUAACAACAACCUGUGGUUCUUGUCUCGAAGAUGAUAAUGAAUGCAUGGUGUAUGUGUCUUGUAUAGUCGCUUGGGCAAGACCGCUGUAAAUAGUAAUAACCCUAGCGAAGCAGAGAUUGGCGCUCCAAUUUAUUUGCCUCUGAUCUUUUACAGAGCUUCCGCGCGAGGCAAUUAAUUCAUCAUUUAAAUAACAUCGAUUUCUUUUCUUUUAGAUCGUUUUUUAAAAAUAGCCAGUCAUCGGCGACAUCAGUAGAGGCUGAUAGAACAAAAAAUGACGAAGCUAUCAAGUCACUUAGAGACGUCAUUGCAUUCUGUACCAUUCCCCCUCGGCCACCUGAAGGAGCUUCAGGUUUGUCACGACAGGGCUUGUUUUCUUACCAUUGCUGUGUCGCUCGCAGAUGGCUUUUGAGUGCACAGGAACUGUUUAAUUUUUAUGUUAUUUGUUGUAUGAUUUCUAUACGCAGAAACAUUUUGUCCAGAAGAGGAGCUUCAAAGACUGGUUUGUCGUGCAAUGAAGCAGAAUCCAAAUUCACAGUAUCUGAAGGAUGCUCUCAUUAAACAGUCUUGGGACGGUACUGUAACUUUAAUCUUCUGUUGUUUGGGUGGAGCCAGUCAGGGAAAUCCCCUUCAGUAGUUUUCUAGGUUUUGGUACCACAGUGGGUUAAGAAACCUCACUUGACAAAUGGGAACGCUUCAAUUUAAAUAAACCGUGGGUUGCUCGACUUUUAAGGUCUUGUGUUAAUUUGUAAACUUUAUAACGUUGUGCAGUAAUUUUUACAAAGCCUCUUCUUGCCUUAUUUCUGAUAAGUACUUGUACGGUUAGAAUGACUUUAAUUGACGGUUGAAUUGAUCGCGAGCUUAUUAACUAGCCGUUUUAAAAAAAGAGGUUUUGGUUAUAAAAAGGAAAAGGCAGCGGAAGUGAUAUGGAAACAUUUCUGGCGCCUUCUUUUUUUCUUACAGGGGCACCAAACGGCAAUUUUCGGGAAAAUAUCUGUUCGGAAGACGAAUAGAGAACUAGAAUUUUCGGAACAUUUGUUGUAAAAUUUCUUGCUUGCCUGCCUCUCCUAGGAUUUUCGAACAUCUACAAAAUGGUAUAAUUACCCAUUUUAAACGGAUAUUUACCCUACAAAAGGCCACCUAGAAUUUUCGGGAGCCUUUUCCUGGCUGAAAUUUUCGAAAAGAUAAGUUUUGAUCCCUAUAAUUUUCGGAUCACUAGACUUUCAGCUAGGAAAUCCGAACAGGUGAAAAGUUUUUAGGGGAUAAAAAUAUGCCUAUAUCUACCGUUUAAAUACUAAAAUUCGUUCAACAAUGCUGUUAAGUGGAUUUGAACUAUAUCCUCGUUGGAUGCCCUUGUUCUUAUUAAGCUAACCGCGAUGUUUGCAUUUUAAAUGCGCUUACAUUAUCCAAAACCUGUCAUUUGCCUUCUCCUUUCAGACCAAAGAAUGACUUAGUGAACCUCAGUAUUUAUUUUGUACUUUUAUUGUGUUUUCCAGGAGAAUGUUUCUCUGGUUCAGUGGACAAACGUCAACUAGCAUUAGAGAUAAAGGACAUCGUGAAGAAAAUGUAAUUACAUGUAUUCCUUGCUGAGAGGGUGGAACCAGGUCUGAGAAGUGACAGUGUCAGGUAGCAAAUAACUGUGUAAUGUUAUUUGUACACAAAAUACCGUUGCAGAACCAAAAGCGAAUAGUUGCGGAACAAACAGAACUCAGUUCAAAGUGAACUCAUGGAGGCGAUCAUUACUCAGGAUUACUCUAUCGAUCAGUAAUCAAGGCAGCAAGACCAUGUUACCAAUGACAAAACAGUUUGCGAAAUCUUGAAAACUACGUCAAGAAAACGUUGUAAUUGUCCUGUGGGUACUGAUAUAAUGGCUGCGGCCUGAGAAGUUACAAAAUAUGAAUAUGUAAGUUUGAUCCUUUGUGUACCGACAAAAAGAUAUAUUUUAUAACUUUUAAACAAAUUAUAUUUUGAUACUAUUAACAUCUUCACACAAUGUUAGGUUUUACUUCCACAAAAAAAAUCGUGGCAUUAUUAUACACCGGUAAAUUUUAAACUGAAUUUUAGUCUUUUAGAUUAACUUAAUUAGAUUGUAGUUAUCCCGUCAAUUUGCGUGGAAUGAAACAUUUUUUAUGAACUUUCCCAUCCUUUUACGACGUAAACGUCUUUUUCGUCUUGUUUAAUUUUGCAUAUAUUAGUUUGACAAGUUUUUUUCUACAAUCGUUUAUUUCAUUAACGUUUUGAGGACAGCACCCUGAUAUAUGCAGAACUUUUUCCGUCAAAGAUUGGACUAUCUGUCACCACUUGGUUUGAUCACAGAAAUCCUAACGAAUUAACUUUUGAAACCGCCCCUUAUGAAGACUAGCUUUUGUCCAGUCGAAAUAUUAGGAAAAUAAAUUUGUCACCCUUAGCU